GUUUUACUUCGGACACGGCAUCAGUCAUCGCACAACAAAUAUCCGUCUCCCAUCGCCAUUGUACACGUUGUCCUGUCCGGGUACGAGCGACGACCAAAGUAAACAGACAGGACGAGAUAGGAAAGAAGAGCGUCGAACAGAAGAUCCGGUACGUUAUGAAUUCCGCCGAGUGGUCUCGUCCAGUUAGAAAAUAAUAGUAAACAAUUUUCGCGUAUCAAUUCAUCGAACGCUUACCCGUGUGUGUGUUGUGUGCGUGUGACGGCUUUCGUGUUUUCUUAUUUCUACGAAGGUUCAUUUAUUAUCGAUACAAAAAUGUAGGCGAAAUAGGAUUCGGUUACUCAACAUGUGUGUGCCUCGUCAUUGACCAAGUUGCUUUUCGAUUGCACCGUAAGUUGAAUCAAAGUAAUGCUGGCAACAUGCUGAGAGUGGACGAUUGUGUAGUCCUUAGGCGAGUGUCAAUGGGAGGAGGAGAAGAAAAUCCUGAGCCACCGACUGAGGCAGGAAAUAGACGCGCAAGCAGUGUCUUAAAAAAUGAAUUACUCCUUCAUGAAGCUGUCAUAAAAAAUGACCUAGAAGCAGUUAAAAAAGUAAUUAAAGAGCCACUUGAUGUAAACUCAAGAAACAAUUAUGGCAGAGCUCCUAUUCACUGGGCGUCUUCGAGGGGAAAUAUUGAAAUUAUGGAAACACUUAUCAAUGCAAAUUGUGACAUUGAAGCUAAAGACAAAUAUGGUAUGCGGCCAAUUUUAAUGGCAGCGUGGCAUGGCCAUACGGACGCAGUACAAAUGCUUAUCAACUAUGGUGCUAGUGUUAAUACAAUAAAUAAAAAACAUUAUACUCUUCUCAUGUGUGCUGCAAGGAAUAAUCGACUAUCUGUUGUUAAUUAUUUGCUGGACACAAUUGAAGAUGUUGACAUAGAUGCGAUUGACACAGAUCAUCAGACUGCUCUUCAUCAUGCUGCGAUUUCUGGUCAUACACAUGUUGUUAGAAGAUUGGUACACGCAGGAGCGAAUACAAGUACCACAAAUAAACAAGGUAAAACGCCCCUUCAUUCGGCUUGUGAAAAAGGACAUGUAGAUGUAGUUGAUUUUCUUCUCGGUCAUGGUGCCGAUAUGCUCGCAAGGGAUGAAGAACAAAAUAGUCCGUUGCAUGUUGCUGUGGAAAAUAAGCAAACUCUAGUUGUUCAAAUGUUAUUAGAAGCAGGGAACCCUACAAAUCUAGAAAAUAAUAAAGGUUUGUCGGCUCUGCAUAUAGCUAGUAGUCACGGAUGUCGAGGGAUAGUUGAAAUGCUUUUAGCGACAGACUGUGAUAUCGACCGACAAAGCAAAAAUGGUAACACACCUUUACACAUGGCCUGCUUGUCCAAUAAUGUAAUGAUUGCAGAAAUACUAAUCAAUAAAGGAGCAAAUUUAAACGCCUUGAAUACGAGGUUACAAUCGCCAAUACAUAUCGCAGCGGAACAAGGGUAUUCAGAAAUAUGUAAAUUAUUAUUAAGUGCUGGUGCUAACAUUGAACAAAGAGAACAAGGUGGAAAAACGCCAUUGUACAUAGCAGCUAGAGGGAGUUUUACAGCUAUAGUAGAUAUGAUUAUAAAAACUGCUCGCCUGGAAUACACGCCAAAAAAGAAAGGGAUUGGCCUCAAAACGCCCGAAGAAAGAAGAAAAUGGAGAUGUAAUCCAGAUUUAGAUGUUUCUAUAACGUUGCAAGAGACUGACGAAAAUUUGGACAUUAUACUACAAAAGUUGGCACAUAAAAAAUUGGGACCAGGAGAAUGGAAAAAAUUAGCUCAUUUGUGGGCAUUUACUGAUGAACAAAUCAAAGCAAUAGAACAUCAGUACAUAGGGCCAUCUAGUUAUAAACAACAUGGUUACAGAAUGUUAAGAAUUUGGGUUGAUAGUUUGGGCCCGGAUCUUGAUCCAAUUGACGAACUCAUUGACAGUCUUAAUACUAUAGAAAAAAAAACUCUGGCUGAUGCCAUAUAUAAAAAACUUUUACGACAAAAAGAAAAAGAAAAGACUGCCUCCAAGCUUGAAGAUAAGCUUUGCAAUAUCUCAUAAUCAAAUAAACGCUACAAUUAUCUAAUCACUAUUAUUGUACAGAAAGUUAAUUUGACUUUGUAAAGAAUUUAUUGUAUUUUAAUGUAUAAAAAAUUGUUUUUUAUUUCAUUAUUUGUUAAAGCGUUGAAUUAAAUGUUCAAUCCUCUUUAAAAUACUUGUGUGUGAUCGAUAUCUAAUAUUUUGGUGUUAUACAGACUGAUUUAUUCAUCAUGAACCACUUGAUUAAUCAAAAAAUGAUAGAGAGAAUUUUUUUUUGUAUCUUUUAGGUACAUGCUUUUUAUUAAUCAUAAGAUAUUUUUUAUUUUCAUCCCUUAUACUUUUAUACGGAUGUAACAUUUUUUCAAAUGAAAACAUAUAUAUUAUAUAUAAUUUAAAUUUUUAAUUUUAAUAAACAAGCCUCUUUAAUAGAUAAUAAAUUAAUUAAGAAAAUGACUGGUUGAUAGCAACUUUUAGACCAUUAUUUCGGAAAUUAUUAAGAUUUUAAAAUGAUAGCGGAGUCGCUGGUGUAAUUAUUUUUAUCACUAGAAAUUUCGAUGCUUAAGUCUUUCUUUCACUGACAUAUAAAAAUGUUAAUAACUUCCGAAAUAUUAGUUUAAACAUUGUUAUCAGCCAAUAAUUUUCUAAAUAAAUUAUAAUCUAUUAACUAAUCUAGUAAUAAUGUAUAUUUUUAUUUGAAAAAAUAAAGUUAACGUCCUUGUAAGAUAUAAAGAAUGUACAUGAAAAUAGCUUAUGAUUGAUAAAUUAAGAUAACCCAUACAUAAUCAUACAUAGAAAAAAAAAUUUCUUUAUUUUUAUUUUUUGAUUUAUUAACCACUUUGUAUAAACCAAUAGAUUUCCAUUUAUUUAU